CACCUUUUACUCUCGUCACGCCUGUGCCUGCCAAGUGGUGUAACGAUUUUGGGAUAAACACACAUCCACAGCAAGAUAUUGUUCGUCAACACUUGUGAAUUGAGAAAUUCUAAAUACAAUUUUAACAACAGAGAGAAUGGCUGCUCCCAAGAAAGGAGAUCUUUCAGCAGCUGAGCGAGAAAUAUUACAGGUUAUUGCUGCAGGUGAUGUGCAGGAGGUUGCACGGCUGCUGGGGUCCAAGGACGUCAGAGUCAACUGUCUGGAUGAGUAUGGAAUGACUCCCCUAAUGCACGCAGCAUACAAGGGCCAGGCAGACAUGUGCAGUCUGCUGCUCCAGCACGGGGCAGACGUCAAUUGUAAUGAACAUGAUUAUGGAUACACAGCCCUCAUGUUUGCUGGACUCUCAGGAAAGACAGACAUAACCUCCAUGAUGCUGGAUGCGGGUGCAGAGACAGACCUGGUCAAUUCAGUAGGUCGCACGGCUGCUCAGAUGGCUGCUUUCGUGGGCCAGCAUGACUGUGUGACAGUGAUCAACAACUUCUUCUCUCGAGCGCGGCUCGAGUACUACACUAGACCCCAGGGGCUGGAGCGAGAAGCCAAACUGCCUCCCAAACUGGCUGGACCUCUUCACAAGAUCAUCAUGACCUCCAACCUCAACCCUGUCAAGCUGGUGAUGCUGGUCAGGGAGAACCCUCUGCUGGUGGACGUGGGAGCAUUAGAGAAGUGUUACCAUGUCAUGGAUCUGCUGUGUGAGCAGUGUGUGAAGCAGCAGGAUAUGAAUGAAGUCCUGGCCAUGAAGAUGCACUACAUUAGCUAUGUGCUGCAGAAAUGCAUGGCUUUCCUUCUGGACCGUGAUGACAAGCUAGAUGUGCUCAUCAAGAGCCUGUUGAAGGGGAGGGAUGGAGAUGGUUUUCCUCAGUACCAGGAGAAGUUCAUUAGAGAUUGCAUCAGGAAGUUUCCCUACUGUGAAGCCGCACUACUACAGCAGCUGGUCAGGAGCAUCGCACCAGUGGAGAUUGGUAACGACCCGACAGCAUUCUCGGUGCUCACCCAGGCUCUCACGGGUAAGAUGGCCUUCAUAGACGCUGAGUUCUGUGCUACGUGUGGAGAGAGGGGGGCCGAGAAGCGAUGCUCCCUCUGCAAAAUGGUGACGUACUGUGGCCUGAUGUGUCAGCGACUCCACUGGUUCACCCAUAAGAAGAUCUGUAAAGGACUGCAGGAGAAGGAUGCCCCGAGGCUGAGGGAGCUCAAUGAUGAGGAGAGUGACAUGGUGAAGGAGACAGCCAGCUUCCUGGCAGAGCUGUGUUUGAAGGCAGAGGAGCGCAUCGUGUCAUCAGGGUGUCCCGGUCCUUCAGCGCCAGACCAGCUGAACUGUCCCUCCACAUCCUCAGAGGGACCACCAUCCUGCAACCAGGAAUGAGAUGGACUGCUGGUGUUCUUUUCUACUGGGUAGUAUUGAUUCAUUGAUGAAUGUUACUGAUUGGCCAGAGUUCAGUGAUAUUAAUAAUAAUGUUUUAUUGAAUAUUAAACUGAAUUGAUUCCAUUCACCUGAUGUCUGAGGUCUGAAUCAGUCCCUGGUUAAAGGAGAAUGAUUUUUUGAAAAUCAGCAAUACUACUGAUUGGCCAUGAUGUCCAGAUUAGAGAGAAAGGAGUUAGUGGGGAUGAAUGCUUUACCCAACAGGCAGCUGGACUGGAGUCUAAGGAAGGAUUGUUACUAUGGACCCAAUGAGAUCUUUUUGGCUAGGGGAGGCUGAAGUAUACAGGGUGUGCAUAUGAUGUACAGUCUAUUGGCUGUGUUUAUACCGGCAGACCAAUUCUGAUAUUUUGCCAAUAACGGGUCUUUUAACAAGUCAGAUCAGAUCUUUGGCCAAUAAUUGGGCAAAUGAUCACUAUUGGGCUGCCUGUGUAAAUGCAGCCAUUGAGUUGUAUUUGGAUUGGCUGUGGUGUUCUUUUCUUUUUUUGUUUGCGCAAUUCCUUGUCUUUAUUUAAAAUGUAAGCCUUGAAUAUUCUUUAAUUAAUGUCUUGAAAUAACAAUUUCAUCCCUCACUGUAGUCAUUUUAAAAAUGCACUCUCAUGUUGAAAUGGGACCACCUUAUUGAACAAUACAUGUCAUAUUAUUAUUAUGUAGGUAUGGCCAUGGGUAGAAAACACAAUAUUAAGGGCUUCUUUAUGCGUUAUUGUUAAGUUGUGUAUUCCUGCUAUAAUUUGAACAUUAUAUUAUCUUUAUUUUUAUGUUCCCUUUGUUUACACAGAUGUCUUACCAGUGAUGUAUCAAUACCAUUCCAUGUCACAGAGUAGAAUGAUGAUCCAAUAAUGAUCUGACUUUAACGCUGGCAAACCCUUUACACCGAAGAGGCUUUUGUGUUGGUUGACAGUUUUACAUUUUCAAUUACGUCAAUAAAGAGUGCCUUAAUAAUUCUC